CUACUGACAUUACCGGUCCUCAAUGUUCCGCAAACUCCGCCAACAGUGGCUGUGCCUCCCCAUUUUGGGCUUCUUCAUGUGCGGCUCGCUGCUGCUCAUGGGGGACGAGCCCGUGGUCGUGCGCCCCACUGAGGCUGCGCCCCCCAGAUCCGCGACCAAGUCCCUCGACGAAGUCAUGGACGAAAUGAACAAAUUUGUGCUUUUGUUGAACCAAAUUCCGAACUGUGGCGGCGAGAUUUUGGUGUUUUUGUUGCAGAAAAUGCAAGGGAUGAACAACUACAGGCAUGUGAGGCUCAAGGGGGGCGGCGGGCGGAGGCUCACCCGGGGGCAACAGGAGCAAUUCGUCGAUGAAAUAUACAGGGUGAUGCGCGAAGAAGCCGUUCCAUUGAGUUUCGAUCGUCAAUUGUUUUUUGUUAAUUUCACAACAUACGAUAAGCAAUCGCCUAGUUACAUCAAUAUCAUUCGAGAACCGGCCGAUAAGGCAAUCUCGAGGUCAUUUUACACCAAUAAAAACACAGAGGGCGAUCUUAUCGACUGCCUUGUGAGGCGUAAAAGCGACUGCCAAGGGCGGAAAGUGAACCCUUACCAACUGACCAUUCCGUAUUUCUGCGGCCAUGACCCGAAGUGCAUGUUGGAUAACCAGUGGGCCCUCCAAACCGCCAAAAGCAACGUCGAGAAGUAUUACCCCGUUGUGGGGGUUUUGGAGGAGUUGAACGCCACGUUGGGGGUGCUAGAAAGCGAGCUCCCCUACUUCUUCAAAGGGGUGCAAGGGGUUUACAAAAUAAUCAAUCGGUUCAACCGGAAGAAAAGCGCUCAACAACUCACCAAAACCCGGAAACAACUACACCGGAUUUUGGCCACGGAGUAUGACUUUUACUAUUGGGUCAAACGGAGAUUAUUAAAAUUGAAAUAAAACAACCAAAGACUGU